UUGAUGCAGACAUUUUACUUAGCCACUCAUCUUUAAAAGAAAAUAGGCCUAUAUGUUUUAUUUCAGUGAAUACAUGUUUUGGUAAUAAGUCAACAUACCCAAUGCAAAAGUCAAAGAUCAGUUGAAACAAGUAGUUUUUAACAUUUAGGAUGGGCAUUAAUUAAUACAUAUCCUAGGGUAUGGCCACAUAUUUAAAUCAAUCUUAUCAUUUGACACGUUUUGAAUCCUAGCAUAGCAUGGUUUACAUGGUGAGUCAGUGACAAAUCAGUCUGUAGAACAAGCAAUGCCAUUUUCAAGCCUUGUGUGACGCAAGGCAGGCGUUAUUUUAUGACUUCAAGGUGCGGUGUCAGCCACGUUGUCUCCUAGGCACGCUUUCCUGUAGUUUGCAGCCCCGUGUCAACCUUUGGGACGCACCUGCAGAAGCUGUGGCCCCGCCCACGGACCGGCGGGGUGUGUUCAGUUUUGACCGGUGAAACUUCUGACAAACUUAUGAGUUGUAUGAGAAACAGGAUAUCCACCUGAUUUAUGCUGCUGGAGCAAGUUGAUAAGGACAAAGUGGGCUACCAUAAAGAGACGCUCAGCGGAGCUGUUUUAGGGUAUGGGUCCAGAUGAGAUGAUGUCACAUGGGUCCACCCUCUCCCUCACCUCCCUCACCCCCCUCAUCCCCCACAGCUCCGCAUCCCUUCGCCGAUCAUCGCCCCAGAGUAUCCCGCUCAGAUCCAGAAAAGAGACCAAGGCCACGCAAGCCCCCAGCAUUCCCAAUCCCUUCCCAGAACUCUGCAGUCCCUCCAGCUCCCCCGUCCUGAUCAGCUCGUCGAUCGGAAAGAGUGCUCCGUCCGAAAAGGACUGUCAUGCUGUUCGAGUAUAUGGUGAAGAUACCCUGGGCCGGACGGUAUCCGUGUCAUCAGGGGCAACGGCGCGGGACGUGUGUCAUAUGAUGGUGCAGACGGCCCACUGUAGUGACCAGGAGAACUGGGCCAUUAUCGAGAUCCACCCCGACCUAGGCCUGGAGCGCUGCCUGGAGGAUCACGAACGAGUAGUGGACGUGCAGUCCUCCUGGCCUGCAGAUGGCGCCGUUUCAGGUUUCAAGUUUCUUUUCAGGAAGAACUACGCCAAAUAUGAGUUCUUCAAAAAGCCCAUGCUCUUCUUCCCUGAAAGCAUGAUCUCUGACAGCGCUGAUGUCACCAAGGGUGUGACUUCAUCAGAACUUGUACAGAAGCUCCUGCAGUCGGGGGCGUGUCCUGAGAUCCAGGGCUUCCUGCAGGUGAGGGAGGCGGGGCGUAAGGCCUGGAAGAGAGUCCACUACUUCCUGCGCCGCUCGGGACUCUACUGCUCCACCAAGGGCUCCUCAAAGGAGCCUCGGCAUCUACAGUAUGUUGCAGAUCUGGCCGACCUAAACAUCUACAACGUCACCAACAGCCGCAAGCUGCACAUGGCACCCAGUGAACACACGUUCUGUGUCAAGUCUAGAGUCGAGCGGGGCCGCUCUCAGGACAUGAAGCUGCUCUGUGCUGAAGACGAGCAGAGUCGGACCUGCUGGAUCACGGCCUUCAGGCUCUUCAAGUAUGGAAAGCAGCUGCAGUGCAAUUAUCAGCUCUCCCAGUCCAGUAUGAGACAGCAGGUGCCCCCGCGUGAUGCCAAGGCCAGAGAGGCGGAGGACUCUCUGGUUGCCAUGGAUUUCACGGGGAAGAGAGGCGGCCGUGUCAUCCAGAACCCCAAAGAGGCCGAACACGCCGAGCAGGAGGAGGGACAGGCGUGGAGGAAGAGAGAGGCCAUGCGCUACAGUCUUCCUAACGUGGCACAAAGCUCACGGCCCUCUUCUGUGCAUCAGACCCAGCCCUGGUUCCAUGGAGGCGUGUCUCGCUGUGAAUCCCAGAGACUGAUCGAGGAGCAGGGGCAGGUGGACGGGAUGUUCCUGAUUCGGGAGAGCCAACAGCACACCCAGUGUUUUGUCCUGUCUCUGUGUUACAAACUCAAGACUCACCACUAUCUCUUGAUCCCCUUUGAGAAGACAGGCAGGAAGUACUACACCAUGGACGACGGCGACACGGUCUUCAUAGACCUGCUGCAGCUGGUGGAGUUUCACCUGAUCAACCGCGGCACCUUACCAGUCCGCCUCAAACACCCCUGUGUGCGGGUCGCCCUCUGAACGCACACACACACACACACACACACACACACACACACACACACACACACACACACACACACACACACACACACACACACACACACACACACACACACAACCCCUGCCCACACCCUUUCCCUUAAUUUACCACCCCCCUCCAAUCCUCCUCCAAUCCUCCUCCACUCCACACUGUCCCUCACACACAACAUCAUAUCUCCACCUCCGACUCAACACAGCGAUGACUUCCACUGUGUGCACGACUAUAAACGUAUCAGUUCCAGACCAUCUCCGACAAAUGUAUAUUGUGUGUACAGUUUCAUUCCUUUGGCCUCGACAAGGAAGGAUACCUGCUCCUCUUUUGUGCCAUUUACAUUAACAUGUGUUCAUUUACCACACACGGCUCUCCAGUGUGAUUUAGCCUCUUCUGCGCCUCAGUCAUUCACGCAGAGGGACAGGGUAGACCAGCUCACAACCCCAGCUCCAUGUAUAUGUCUGUUGAAUACACAGCGAGAUAAGGAGGCCAGGAGACUAGCCUGACCAGGUGGAUGCAUAGGCUAGGUGGAUGCAUAUCUCUUUACUACCCUGUUGUCUGAUUGUAGCAGUUGAGAUCUAGCAGUCAAGAGCACAGGGUUAUUGAGUGUGAGAUUUGUAAUAUGAGGCUGGUUCUGGUCAUUAGAUUUUACCAAAGAUUCUAGAACAGAGCUCUGUUCUAGAAUCUUUAGUUCACACACACACACACACACACACACACACACACACACACACACACACACACACACACAAACCUGUGUAAUAGAGUCCUCUAUAUAAGAGACACCCUGCCAACUUGCCUGAAAUAUAUCCACGUGUUUGACGGAUGUAAUGACUGAUUUGCAUCAUUCCCAUGGAGCCAAAACCACACACAUGUUAAAAAUUAUUAUAAUUAUGAAAAAAAAUGUCACAGAUCCAGUUUUCUGACACUUGUGCCUCAAUUAUCGUGAGCAUAUGCAGGUGAACUAGAGGACAGAAAUCCCUGUCAGUCACUGAAUGGGAUCUCUAGCAGUGAUCAGUGUGUCACUGUUUGUGUUUUGUCAGGUGCUCAUUGCUGCUUGUCUAUCAAGCCUUCUUUCAGUUUAACUUUUCCACCAAAAGGGGGCGCUAGGAUACAUGCUUUGGAGAUGUAAGAGAACUCUACUGAUAUUAGACACAGGAACUCAGCACUGACGUGCUACUGCAGAAGCUUCUGAAAUGCAUAUUUGCACAGCAGUUUGAGUCGAUAGAAUAAUAGAUAGAUAGAAGUUUCCCAAGAACAGAGUCCUGUGUGUGUGUGUGUGUGUGUGUGUGUGUGUGUGUGUGUGUGUGUGUGAGAGAGAGAGAGAGAGAGAAAGAGUGACAGAACUAAUAUGCAGUUUGAUUAAAAAAUAUACAUACAGUAACUUGGACCAGUAGUCCUUUUUAGCUCUAGUCUGUUUUAUAGAUUGCCCACAUGAAUGUGUUUUUUAAAAAAGGGAAAUAAAGGAUGAAGCCACAAUGUUCUUUUCUAUGAAAUGUCAAACCUAACGGCCAAUAUGCAUUUAUGUAGCAUCCCCCGUUCCCUUUUCCAGAUCAUCUGUGCUGUAAAGGAGAUAGGGCUUUAGGAGAUAUGCAUGCCGAAUGACUUCUGGAAUCAAAGGAUUAAGGAUAUGAAAAUAAAGUAUUUUUCUUCACUUUUA